GUAAAAAAUACAGGUUUUCUCCCAUGAUCACACGGGUUUCACUUCUCCGCUUGCAGCACGCAAGAAAGGUUUUAACAACUACAGCAUCUACUAGCUCCAAACCAUCGACGCUGACUAUCGGAAGUGUUAGUGUACAACUUCAAGAUGCAAAGAACCCAGACUUUGUCCCAGCCUUCUAUGGGCAGAAAAACAAUCCCCCACAGGAUUUGCUCCCACAUUUGAGAUGGCUCAUUCAAAAAGACAAAUUAAAGCAAGACGUGUUUCUGCUGGGAGUGCCGGGAAAAAUCAGAUUGGAACUUGUCUUGAGAUAUUUGGAAGCUACAAAUCGAGAGUUUGAGUACCUACCAAUCACUAGAGACACCACCGAAGCAGAUAUCAAACAGCGACGUGAAAUUAGAGAUGGAACUGCAUAUUACACAGACUUGUGUGCGGUUCGUGCAGCAUUGAAAGGAAGAGUGCUAGUAAUUGAUGGUGUGGAAAGAGCCGAACGAAACGUGCUUCCAAUCCUGAACAAUCUUUUGGAAAAUCGAGAAAUGCAAUUGGACGAUGGAAGAUUUUUGAUGAAGCAUGACAAAUACGAUGAGCUGAAGGUGAAAUACGAUGAAGCGACACUGAAGAAGAUGGGAAUGGAGCGAGUUUCUGAAAACUUCCAUGUCAUAGCCCUUGGUCUUCCCGUACCAAGAUUCCCGGGAAAUUCUUUGGAUCCGCCGUUCCGAAGCAGAUUCCAAUGCAGAAAUAUUCAGGAGCUAUCGUUCCACACAUUUUUGGAACAAGCGAAGCUCAUUGCUCCAAACGUUAGUGAGACAAAUCUUAACGAUUUGAUAUCCGUUGUGUAUGCCUAUAAUUCGGAAGCGUCAACUUCAAGACCAAGAAUCGGCACAGCUGUCGUAGAGAAUACAUUGAAGAUUUGGAACGAGAAUCCCAGCUAUUCCGCAGGAGAAAUUGUCAACUUCUCAUAUCCUGCCAAAGAAGUUCUAUCUGACAGUGAAAAAGAUCUUAUCAACACAUUCAAGACAAAGUUUGAAUUGAGUACUCAUGAACGCACCAGAGAACUGAAAACGGACGGUGCUUUACAUACGGUUCAAGUUCCUGCUGACAAGAGAAAGAUCCAGAUGAAGCUGCCAACACCAUCACAUCCUACUUCAUUUGCGUCUACUUGGAUUCCAACCGCAAAGCAAGAAAAUCUGAUCGCGGAUCUUGCUCUAGCAUUUUCGAAAGGAGACUUUAUCCUAAUUGGACCAAAAGGCUCUGGGAAAUCGAGAAUCCUUGGCGAACUUUCACGACGUCUCAAUUUCAAUUAUGUCACAAUGGUUCUGCAUCAAGAUAUGAACACCAGAGAGCUUAUCCAACGCAGACAUAUGAAAGAAAAUGGCGAUACAGUUUGGGAAGACUCGAUUCUUGUGACUGCAGCAAGAAAUGGAGAUGUCUGUGUUUUGGAUGGUGUCGAAAUGGUGCAUUCUAGUGUUAUUAUGUCACUCUCGCAGUUGAUUUAUCAUCGAAGAUUUGAUCUACCAAAUGGAAAUCGUCUUGUUGGAGAGAAAGAGUUUUUGACUAUUAUGGAAAGAGAUGGAGUUGAUGAAGCAACAAUGAACGAAAGAGGUGUAUUCCAAAUUCCUGACUCCUUCCGCGUUUUGUUUGUUGGUGAGUCCCAGUCGAAAGAGCAUAAAUGGAUCAACGAAAAUGUGCUCUCCAUCCUGCCAUUCUACACUGUCCCAAAUCUAUCGCUCUCCGAGCAAAUGAGUAUCAUUUCGGAAAUCACCCAUGGAUCCAACACUGAAUCUGUGGACAAACUUAUCAAGUUUGUGCAAACUAUCAAAAACUCCAAUGAUGCUGGGUUAAAAAAUACUGCAACAAGUUUGUCGCUUCGUCGAUUGAUUCACAUUGCAAAACGAGAUCUGAUGCAGCCGGGACACUUGAGAGAGCUUGUAGAAAAAGCUGCUCUCUCAAAGUUCCUCCCACAAAUCACCAAGGAAACAUUCGAACAUGAGCUCAACACUGCAAACGUCUUUAAUGAUACUACUAUUCGCACAAAGGAGAAUGAGAAGUUCCUUGACAUGAUUCGAGCAAACACUAUAAAAGCGGAAGAUGAAGCUCUUAUUCCAAAUGUGCUAUUCCACCAUAAUAAGCAGCACGACGAAAUUCUAGAGGACAUGGCAAGAGACAUGAAACUGGGAAGUCAUUUGCUUUUGAUCGGUAACCAAGGAGUCGGAAAAAAUAAACUCACUGAUAGGUUCCUUCACCUAAUAAAUCGACCGAGACAGUACAUGCAGCUUCACAGAGAUACCACAGUACAAACGUUAACAAUGCAGACCGUAGUAGAAAAUGGAAUCAUUCGUCAUGAAGAUAGUGCGUUGGUGAAGGCAGCACGAAGUGGUCAGAUUCUUGUGAUUGAUGAAGCUGACAAAGCGCCUCUACACGUGAUCGCUAUUUUGAAAAGUCUUCUCGACACAGGAACAUUGGUGCUUGGAGAUGGGAGAACACUUCGUCCAGCAAGUUCUUUCACAGAAGCUGAUAAAACAAAUGAUCGCAUUGUUCCAAUUCAUCCCAACUUUAGAAUUAUCAUGCUUGCCAACAGACCUGGAUUCCCAUUCCUUGGCAACAAUUUGUUUGCUGUACUUGGUGAUCUGUUUGCAAUUCACAUGAUUGAUCACCCAGGAAGAGAUAGUGAACUCGCAAUGAUUAAGAAAUUUGGACCAACGGUUCCUGUAAAAACUCUUAACCAACUUUUAACAAUUUUCAACGAGCUGCGCGAAAAAACUGACCAAGGACUUUUACAGUAUCCUUACUCGACUCGAGAACUUGUUAAUAUUGUUCGCCAUUGCAAUGAAUUCCCAACGGAUCCCCUACCAGAAGUUUGUCGAAAUGUGUUUGACUUUGAUUCAUACAGUGAAGACACCAUUGCCACAAUUCAUGAAGUAUUCCAGAAGCACGGAGUACCUUUAGGUGUAAUAAGAACCGGUGAAAGUCUGUCUAUAAUGGAGAGAAUCCCAUUGGGAGAAAUGAAAACUAUCGGAAAAUGGUCAAGACAAAAAGUCGAAUUUCCAAAGUCGUAUGGGUUCAAGACGCCGGUGGCUGUGGAAAUUGAGCGGCCAGAAAAAAUGGAAUUCGGUUUACGCAAGUUGGACAAACAGAGCAACAGAAACAAUGUUUUCUCGGAGUUGCAUUGUGUCUGGAAGUUGCCUACUGACGAGUCAAACAUAAUUUCGGAUGGUAUUCGUAUCAAUGAUGACUUGCUUGUUGCAAGUGUGAAUCCUCCACGCCUAUAUCAUUGCAAAGAUUUUAUGGAUACAGAAUCGGUUGACGAAAUCAACAUACACAAGAUUAUCCCUCGUUUUCGUGCAAUUAACAAACCACGAAUUAGACUAGCAUAUCUUGGUGGAGACAAUGUGCUGCUACACGAAGAAGAGGCGAACUUCACAGCGAUCAUCAGCUUGCCCGACAAAAUGGCGGCUGUUGUUACAAAGCAAACGAGUUUGGGUGAAACGCUUGGAGCUAUGUUUACCGGUUCCAAUUAUUCAUGGAGAUUAUCAAAUCAACAAAGCAAUCACGCUUUGCUUUAUGAGUGUGGAGGGCGCGAAAUGCUGGUGUAUACCGAUGAAAAACACGGAGUCACUGUCCAGAACGGCACGGUACCGUUUAACAUCAAACGAGUAUUUGCUUCAGCUCCUCAACAAUGGACUGUAGUUUCAAUGGAAAAUGAGAACUAUCUUCUGAAGGUGGAACUCGGAAAUUUUACUUUGGAGAAAAUUGACAACGAUUUGGAAGGCGGCCUAGAUACGGUUGCAACAAAGUUGGACAAGAAUGCAAUGACUUUAGUUGCCGAGCCAUACUACUUUGUUCAAGGAAACCAUUCUGGAAGUGUUUCCGGCGUACUCCGAAAGAAAUCUGAAAAUACGUUUCAUAAACGGCCGUAUAGCUUUACUGACGAUAGAAUUGCUGCAAAUGAUGUGAGCAGGGAAAAUGCAUUUUUGGGCAGUACAUUGGUUCGUGCAGUACCUGGGUUCAUGACUCCAACGGAAUGUGUCGAAGAGAAAAUAAGGCCAUUCGAUUGUAUUGGAUUCCUCGAGACAAUCGAUACGGAAAGAAAGAAAAUCUGCUAUGUACCGGUUCCGCAUAGUGGGAAUAUCAGUUUAUACCAAGACUGGGUAGCUUCAAUCACCAAAUCCGCAUUCCAUAUUGUUCCAUGGGACAAUGAUAAAGUUCUCACUGUUGACAGCUCUGGAAGCAUUCGUUCUUUCGAAUUAAGAAUGUCGACAUUGGAAAAAUCAUUUGAUGACUGGAAGCGGAUGACUGGAGGGGCGGAUGAUGAGAAGUUGAGAAUGGAGUUUGAUAGAAAACCAGACGACGUAGACUUUAAUAAACUUGAUGAGCCAAAACUCGGAAAGAUCGACCCCAACAAUGCACCUCAUCACGGUGGAAAUCAAUGGAUGGGAGGAACUGGUGGAUACAAUACUGCAGGUCUCGGAGGAAUUGGAGGGCCGUUCAGACUUGACGCAGGUCAUGAUGUCCAUCAAAUGCCAGAUUUUGCUAAGCAACAAGUCCCGAAGCACAUAUUGAAAAAAGCCCGGGAGAUUGCAAAAGUAGAGUAUGCAAAGAAAUUGAGGGAAAUCAACAUGUCGGAGUAUGACGCCGAUGCCUAUGAAAAAGUGUGGAACAAAGUUCAAGCUCCAUCAAGAAAACUAGCAUCUGUGAUUGACCAAUUGGAGGCAAAGAAAAAAGAAAGAGAAUGGACAAAGCAUCAAACUAGCGGAGAUUUGGAUGACGGAAAAUUGAUUGAAGGAGUCACCGGAGAGCAGAAUAUUUACAGGCGACGCAUCGACAAAGUUCCAGAUCCGGGAGCUCCACAAACAAAGCCAAAACGCCUGAAAGUAUGCUUGGAUGUUUCUGGUUCCAUGUACAGAUUUAAUGGAUAUGACCAGAGACUCGUGAAGUCACUUGAAGCAGCCUUGAUGACAAUGACUGCACUUGAUGGAAAAACGGACAAAGUGCAGUACGACAUUAUUGGACAUUCUGGAGACUCUCCAUGCGUGUCAUUUGUAAAGACCGAUCAUCAUCCCAAAAACAACAAAGAACGUCUGGAUACAUUGAAACGCAUGAUUGCGCAUACGCAGUACUGCGUCAGUGGUGACAAUACGGUAGAGAGUUUACAAUUUGCAAUCAAAGAAUUGGCCGCAAAGAAAGAUGAUUUUGAUGAAACCGUUGUCAUUUUGGUGUCAGAUGCUAAUUUGGAAAGGUAUGGAAUUCAACCAAAGGAAUUGAAAGAUGCAAUGGCUAAAGAGCCAAAUAUCAACUCAUUUGUCAUUUUCAUUGGGUCGCUCAGUGACGAAGCCGACCAGCUACAACGAGAGUUGCCUGUUGGAAAAGCUUUUGUUUUAAAAGACACUUCUGAGCUUCCAAAAAUUAUGGAGACCAUUUUCUCAUCAACUAUUGCUCAAUAGUGAACUUUUAUUUUGUUUUAGCUGUUACCCUCAUUUAGAAUUACAACGAAUAAAUAUGUAU